UUAAUUCAUGGAUCUCCCAGCGCGUCACUCCACACCAGUGGGCAGUAUACGAUUUCACUAAAACAAUCCCUUGUGGUCGUGUCACGACGUACAAGGAUAUUUGCGUUGCUAUUGGGCAAUGGUCACGGCGAUCAGGUGCGCGUCUAGACCCAGUCCCUUUGUCUGCUCUCACCACCUCAUUUUCCAGUUGGUUCUGUGUUUCGAAACGAUCCCUUUGUCCCGUUUGUACCUUGCCACCGCAUCAAAUCUCUACGUUGGCGGUUUCUUCGGUGAGUGGGGCUCUCGCGCAAGCGCAAGAGGAGGACAGAAGAACACUGGUUUGCAGUGUAAUAGACAGGUGGAGAUGCUCGCAGAGGGCGUUGAGUUCUCUGCAGACGGGUAUCUUGCGGACGAAGCUCUACUCUGGGCCGGGAGAUGCUGACAUUCUUUCCUGCUAUGCUGUAUGGUCAGUCCGCUGUUGGGUAUUUCCACUAUGUCAUUGCCCUAGGCCGUUCGAAGUUCGAACAAUGUUGACAAAAAG